AUGAGAACCUUCAGUCUUCUGUCACUGGCGGCUAUUUUAAAUUAUCUAACGCUUCCAUCUGCCGUCGGAUAUUCGUCUGCCACUCUCGCUAACGCUUCAAGUUACAAGUGUCAGGACAGAGUCAUUGGUCCGAUUACCUUAAAUGAUCAGAUAGAAAAAUUAUAUGCACGUUCACAAAGCAAACUAAGUGGAGGAUUUACGGCAGAUCAAAUAUUUGCCCGAGAUUCUUUUCAUGUAGUCUUAUUGAGAGGAGGAGUAUACAUCCCUAUCAAAUUUGAUUUAGCAAUUAACCAUUUGAAGCAAAUUAUUUAUCUACAGUCUAUUGUGAUGGAACAAAAGUAUACUUGUUCUCCAACAACAGAGCCGCCUCAAUUAAACAUGAUUCUGGACUAG